UCAUUUUUAUCCCGAAAGCCGAUGAUUUGACUGGCCUAAGUUUCUGUCCUCCAUCUCGAUCUCCUUCCGCCGCCCCCGCCGCCGCCGCCGCAUCGUCCGCCUCCUCUCCGUUCCGAUCAUCAUCCAUGGAAUCUCCUGAGUACGUUUCGUCGCCUGAAGCUGGCCCCAAGCACUCACACCAUCCCAGAUCUUCUCCUCCUCUUGAAUCUCAAGAUGAUAAGGAGAAGCCGACACAUAUAAGGUUUCUUGUAUCAAAUACUGCGGCUGGUUCGAUCAUUGGGAAGGGUGGAUCCACAAUUAAUGAAUUUCAGUCGCAAUCUGGAGCUCGUAUUCAGUUGUCACGCAAUCAUGAAUUUUUUCCGGGAACAUCUGAUAGGAUAAUCAUGGUCUCUGGAGCACUUAGUGAAGUAGUUAAAGCAAUGGAAUUGAUCCUUGAAAAAUUGCUUAGUGAGGCUGAAGAAAGUAGUGAUGUUGAUAGUAGAUCUAAAGUUAGGCUCAUUGUUCCAAAUAGUUCAUGUGGUGGCAUCAUUGGGAAAGGAGGAUCAACUAUAAGGUCAUUUAUUGAAGAUUCCCAGGCAGACAUCAAGAUAUCACCACAAGAACAGAAUUAUGUUGGAAUGAAUGACAGGCUAGUGACAGUUAUAGGAACACUUGACGAGCAAAUGCGAGCAAUCUUUCUAAUCAUCUCAAAGCUUAUCGAAGAUUCUCAUUAUCCACAAUUGAUGAAUUCACCAUUUCCAUAUGCAGGUCUCCCCUUUCCUGGUUUUCCUGGAUCAGUUGGCUAUGGAAUUCCUCCAGCCUACAAUGGAGUGAACUAUGGAUCAAAUGGUAUUGGAGGAAGAUAUCCAAACAACAGGGGUUCAUCAUCACAAGGGGCUCCUGUGAGAUCAUCAGCUGGAGCGCAGGAAAACAACUCGUUGACAAUUGGUGUUGCAGAUGAACAUAUUGGAGCUGUCGUUGGUCGUGGGGGGAGGAACAUCAUGGAAAUUACUCAGGCUAGCGGAGCCAGGAUUAAGAUUUCUGAUCGAGGUGACUUCAUUUCCGGCACUUCUGAUAGGAAAAUAACGAUAACUGGAUCGCCCGAAGCAAUAAGCUCAGCUGAGAGUAUGAUAAUGCAGAAAGUUUCAUCUAAUUCUGAGAGGUGAUUAUGUUCUCAUGAUGGAGUCUUCCAGUCUGGACGAAUAACAGAUUAUCGACAUUGGCUGGAAAUUUCUCGAGAAAAUCCCCAACUCAUUAAGAGGAAGGAAGGGAGAAAAGGCAGUAGAUUUUAUAUUUGACUUUCUUUUUUAAUUGGAUUUUUAGUAAUAUAUAUUUUUCAAAUAGGUUGUUUAUUAACUAUGCAGUGGCAUAAGCGCUUUUUUUAGCCUGUUAUUUUCAACUUUUUGUAACAUUUGCACAAUUAUUUCCAUUCAUGUUUGUGCUAGAAAGACUUUCUAUA